AUGGCCGCCGAGAUUGAAGCCGCCAAAAAGGCCGCCGCUAUCGAAGCUGUCAAGAACCAUUUCCCCCCAAAUCCACGCUUUGUGGGAAUCGGGUCUGGCACAACCAUUGUCUACGUGGUGGAUGCGAUCAAAAACUGCGGCGUGGACGUCUCAAGAGUUGGCUUUGUGCCAACGGGAUACCAGUCCAAACAACUCAUCAUAAACGCGGGUUUGGUGCCAAUCGAGUUUGAUGCUCUGCCGGACGAUGCCGUGAUCGAUGUUAAUUUCGACGGAGCAGAUGAGGUGGACGAGGAGUUGAAUUGCAUCAAGGGUGGAGGUGCUUGUCUGUAUCAGGAAAAGUUGGUGGCCAUGAGAUCAAAACAAUUUAUUUGUGUCGCUGACUACCGCAAGCUCCAGCACCGUCUAGUCACCAAGUGGCCUACUAUCCCUAUAGAAGUCGAACCAAAGGCCGCACGGCAGGUCAUGAAAAGGCUACGAAUGCUGGGUAGUCGCAACGCAGCAGGCGCAGGUCCAAUGAUCAGAGAAGGCCACCUCGCGAAAGCCGGCCCUGUGAAGACGGAUCAAGACUUCUUCAUUGUCGACGCUCCUUUUCCCCAUCCACUCCUCAUCGCCGAUGACCUCACACCCGAAAAACCCGGUGACGGUGAAAACGGCUAUUGGGAGGUGGAACAACUCGCUCGAGCUAUCAAGGACAUCAAUGGUGUGCUUGCCGUAGGCCUUUUCUGUGGUCCUACAGGUCCUGAGGCCGAGGCGGCUGGUGUAAUUGGCGGCCAGAGACCGAUCGCUUGCUAUUUCGGUAUGGCCGACGGCACUGUGUCGGUGCGAGCAGCUCGACAUAAACGGGAUUCCAUUAUUGCGAAAUACCCGCCGUUAGUCCCUGUGCAUAGCUCUGAGCCGGGCGUUGUGGCGACGGCACUUUGA